AUGGCGGGCAGUAGCGAGAAAAAGAUGACCUCGUGCUCGAUAGGAGAAGGGAGGAGGGGCACCGCAGAGAGGGGGCGCCGCCGCCGGAGGAGGAGGGGCGCCGCCGUCGGAGGAGGAGGAGGGGCGCCAUGGGAGGAGGAGGAGGAACAGUCUUGGGGGGGAGAGCGGCAGGUGAGGGAGACAAAAAAAGAAAAGAAGCGAACCGGCGGCCGUUGGACUAUAUCUCUAAGAGUCCCUCAUGGUCAUAACAGAUGUACACCUCGCAAGAUGCAGAACCAGGGGAUGGCUGCAAUGUCUUUUUCAGCGUCGUUCCUGAAGGUGCAUGGUCCAUCUCAGUCCGCUGUGUUCUUCCUUGGCCUCUACUACAUGAUGGCCAUAGGAGCUGGUGGCAUCAAGCCCUGCGUUUCAUCACUCGGCGCAGAUCAAUUCGAUGACAGCAGCCCAGCUGAGAGGCUAAAAAAGAAUUCCUUCUUUAAUUGGUUCUUCUUCGCCAUCAACAUUGGCAGCUUUAUCGCAGGCACCGGUGUUGUGUGGGUGCAACAUCAUUACGGGUGGGCGGUUGGCCUCUGGCUCCCAACGUUGUUCAUCGCGUUGGCCAUUGCAAGCUUCUUGAUGGGCUCCAAUAAGUACAGGGUCCAAAAGCCUUUGGGGAGUCCAAUUGCAAUUUCUUUGCGUAGAUUUCUUGAUAAGGCUGCAGUGGUCGUCUCAUCAACUGAAGAGUUGUCUGGCUCUGAUCUAUGGAGGCUCUGCACAGUGACGCAAGUAGAAGAGCUGAAGGUGAUCAUCGGGAUGCUGCCCAUCUGGGCCAACGGGAUCGUGUUCUUCGCCGUCAUGGCACAGUUCUCCUCGACAUUCCUGGAGCAAGGAAGGACAAUGAACAAGCACAUCGGUGCGUUCGGCAUCCCGCCGGCGUCGUUCAACGCCGUCAGCGUCCUCAUCUGGGUCCCUGUCUACGACCGGGUCGUCGUCCCGACAGCCAGACGCCUCACCGGCAAUGCUCGGGGGAUCUCGGAGCUGCAGCGCUUUGGCACCGGACUGCUCCUGUCGAUCGCGGUGAUGGUGACCGCAGCGCUGGUCGAGACGCGGCGCCUGGCGAGCGCGCACGGAGAGGGCCAGGCGUCGAUGAGCAUCCUUUGGCAGGUGCCGCAGUACUUCCUGGUGGCCGCCAGCGUCGUGUUCGCAUGCGUUGGGCAGGCGGAGUUCUUCUACAACGAGGCUCCGGCGUCGAUGCGGAGCCUGUGCUCGGCGCUGAGCCUGCUGACCGUGGCGCUCUGGAGCUACCUGAGCUCGCUCGUGGUGACCACGGUGGUGUGUGUCACGACGAGGGGCGGCAAGACCGGGUGGAUACCCGAUGAUGACCUUAACAAAGGCCACCUAGAUCGCUUCUUCUGGCUCCUCGCGGCACUCGGCUCGCUCAACCUGGCGGUUUUCGUGUGCUGCGCAAGGCGGUACAAGCGCAAGAACGUUUAG